ACAACUAUAAGCUGGAAGAUGACGGCAGCCAGACAUAACAACUGCGCUGAUCCCCAAACAAAGAAUGGCGCGUCCUGUCGGAAUCCGUUCAACAACAUCAAGGUCUUUGUGGUUUGCCAUGGGCUUCUUCAGCUGUCACAGCUCCUCCUGACCGGCUACCUGAGAAGCACCAUAUCGACUAUUGAGAAACGCUUUGGCUUCUCCAGUCAGACAUCAGGGAUUCUGUCAUCCUUCAAUGAGAUCGGAAAUACAAUUCUCAUUGUGUUUGUCAGCUACUUUGGCAGUCGGGUGCACCGGCCUCGCUUCAUUGCCUUUGGUGCUCUGGUGGUCUGCAUUGCUGGAUUCAUCAUGUGUCUACCUCACUUUCUAAUGGGACAGUAUGAGUAUGACAAGUCCCAUGCCAGUGUCUACAGCAACACAACUGAUGUGUGCCAGCCCAGCAAAUCCGGUCUGGGGGACAGCAACGACCAAUGUGUCAAAAAAAUGGGCACAGAGAACAAUGACGUUCUGUCCAUCCUCUUCAUUGGCCAGAUCCUGCUUGGUAUAGGUGGAGUGCCCAUUCAGCCAUUUGGAAUAUCGUAUAUUGAUGAUUACGCCAGUAAGAGAAAUUCUCCUUUAUACAUAGGAAUUCUCUUUGCUGUGACGGUGAUGGGGCCCGGAGUCGCCUUCAUCCUGGGGUCAGCCAUGCUGCGUUACUACGUUGACAUAGACAAGAUUCCAGCCAGCGAGAUCGUGCUGACCCCGCGUGACCCGCGCUGGAUCGGAGCCUGGUGGAUGGGAUUCAUUGUGGCGGCCAGUGUCACGGCCAUGGCCUCCAUCCCGUAUUUCUUCUUCCCCAGGGAGAUGCCACAAGAGGGGACCAGAGAGGGUGCAGAGGAGAGCAAACCUGGACUGAUCGAUGUCUUUACAAAUAAAACAGAUCCCAAGGAACAGGUCUCCCUGGCCCAGUUCAUCAAAGUCUUCCCCAAAGUCUUCUUCAGGACGUUGAAGAACCCCAUUUAUUUGUUGGUGGUUUUGGCUCAAGCCAACCUGUCGGCCAUGGUGUGCGGACUGGCAACCUUCAUGGCCAAGUUCCUGGAGAGGCAGUUCACCAUCACCGCAUCCUUAGCCAACCUGCUGAUCGGUGAGUACCGGAGCUAUGGAGGAUGGGAGGGG